UGUUCUCCUGAUUACCUGUGUAUGUACACAUUACCCAAUUGUCGACAUAACAGGCUUAGUACUCGGUAGUCCUUAUAGUAGACUUGCCUCACGUAUAUUUACAGUGAUGUAUUUUGUACGGCGAGUCUCUACGCCUUAUUCACCCCGACGACUUGUCUCAUGUUGAUCGCAGGCAACAUCGUCAAUUCCUGCCGAAGUGAGGUAGUGGAAGCUGGAAACUUCGUUGAUGUGCCGAUCAGUCAUAGAUUACACUCACAGCGAAUACAGCAUAUAUUUCAUCGGCGCUGCUCCAAUUUGGACAGUUUCAAUUGGUCAUACUUGAAGUGCUUCUCCACAAAAUCGCCCCGUUCGCCACCAUAACCUUGAUCCCAUUCUGACUGUCCCCUGCUAAACCUUUAGCGCGCGUUUUGCCAUCUCCAUUCUUCAUAAAUCGCAAAGCAGCUAUCCUUCGCCUCGAUGAGUCUCACAUUUUUGUCUUCUCCAGUGUGGCUACGAUAAGCAC